GUUCUCUGUUCUAAGAAGUCGAGGUCUUUUUUGAGUCAGAAGACUACUGUUGUCAUGGGCGGAAGUGCCGUACCCCGCCCAGUUCGUACCUUCUGCGACGUUUUGGAGCAGAGUCUGUACCUCGGUGAUUCGCUCACCAGUCUGCGUGGGUAUUUACACCCGUGGUGUAGCUACAACAACAAGGGCGCAAACAUGGACCUUGUGGAUCUUGCCAUGCAAGGGCUCUCCGUCUUUGGAUUAAUUCUUUUUCUCGUACUCUGGUUUAUGCAUUUCAUGUCCAUCAUCUAUGUCCGACUCUGUCUCAAUAAGAAGAGCAUUGACAAGCAGCCCUACAGUAAGCUGGCGGGGGUCUCUCUACUGAAGCCUCUGAAAGGAGUAGACCCCAACCUCAUCAAUAACCUGGAGACCUUCUUUGAACUCGACUACCCCACGUAUGAGAUCCUGUUAUGUGUGCAGGACUAUGACGACCCAGCCGUUGAUGUGUGUAAAAAGCUCCUGGGCAAAUAUCCCAACGUAGAUGCUAGGUUGUUUAUAGGGGGGAAGAAGGUUGGCAUCAACCCAAAGAUUAAUAACCUGAUGCCAGGUUAUGAGGGGGCAAAGCAUGGCCUGGUGUGGAUUUGCGACAGCGGAAUACGAGUGAAACCGGACACCCUGACAGAUAUGGCCUAUCAGAUGACGGAGAAGGUGGGGUUAGUCCAUGGCCUUCCCUACGUGGCCGACAGACAGGGCUUCGCUGCUACACUAGAACAGGUGUAUUUUGGCACGUCCCACCCGCGCUCCUACAUCUCAGCCAAUGUGACGGGUAUUAAGUGUGUGACCGGAAUGUCCUGUCUGAUGAGAAAAGAUAUCCUGGACCAGGCUGGAGGGCUGAUCGCCUUCGCUCAAUACAUCGCUGAGGACUACUUCAUGGCGAAGGCUAUCGCUGACAGGGGAUGGAAGUUCUCCAUGGCAACACAGGUAGCCAUGCAGAACUCUGGGUCCUAUUCGAUUGCUCAGUUCCAGUCCCGCAUGAUCAGGUGGGCCAAGCUUCGUAUCAACAUGCUCCCCGCCACCGUCUGUGAGCCCAUCUCAGAGUGUUUCCUAGCCAGCCUGAUCAUUGGCUGGGCCGCGCAUCACGUCUUCCACUGGGAUAUUAUGGUCUUCUUCAUGUGCCACUGUCUGGCGUGGUUCAUCUCUGAUUACAUCCAGCUCCGAGGAGUUCAGGGCGGUGCGCCGGCCUUCUCCAAACUGGACUACGCUGUAGCCUGGUUCAUCAGAGAGUCCAUGACCAUUCAGAUCUUUCUAUCGGCCCUGUGGGACCCCACCAUCAGCUGGAGAACGGGGCGCUACAGGUUACGCUGCGGAGGUACGGCCGAUGAGAUCCUGGACGUAUAGCUACCUGCACGAGUCCCACCUACAGGGACAACACCCUGCCUGCAUCCAGUCACCCCCAGAGACAAUACCAGACACAGACUGAACCGAUUUCCCAGGUGGCACCCUAUUCCCUACAUAGUGCACUUUCUGACCCGGGCCCACACUUGCCCGUACAUUCUGCUCUGCUCAACAGUCGUGGACUAUUUAAGGAAUAGGGUGCAGUUAGGGACGCGUCCAAAGAGAUGGUGACAUUGAGAAGAGAAGAAAGAAGCAGCCAUGGAAUCAUCCAAAGUGUCGGCUGUUUUUAAACCUGUGUGUUAAAAUGUUUUAAUUAUUUUAUGUUACUGGUGCUCUUCUUUCCUGUUUUUCAUUUUAAAACUCUUGCUUGGACUAUUCUCCAAUAGGGAGAACGGGCCCAUGGCAGGAGAGAAGGGGUUGUGUCCCAAAUGCACCCUGUUCCCUAUAUAGUGCACUACUUUUGACCAGAGCCCUAUGGGCCCUAUAAAGGGAAUAGGUUGCCAUUUGUAAAUAGCGUAACUCUCUUCAGCCAAUCUUUGGGGAUAAGACACUUCCUAUAGUAAGCUUCACUGGGCUAUCAUUAAUAUGUUGGUACAAUAUCGCUAGGUCUCCAGCAGCACUAACUCUAGAAUAAAAUCCUUCUCCACUCA